CCUCCCUCUCCCUCUCCCUCUCUCUCUCACUCUAAUGUGUGAUCUGGAAAGCUUAUAAAAGCCUGAUGUAAUCCUUAAUGCAGCCCCUGGCUACAAAGACUGGAUCUAGUUUCACAGAGAGAGAUUCAGAAGCAGAAUUCAAAGAGGAAAAAAGAGAAGCAAAAAGUGGGGGGAGAAGAGAGAAGAAGCAAGCAAAGCAGACGAGUGGAUUGCAAACAAACAUCUCUUUCUGAAGAAGACCCUUCUCGCUCUUCGCUGCUGGGAAAGCUACUCCGAGCCCUGCUCUAUGAUUUUUCCUUUACGGAGAAGACUCGCUCGUCGGCUUGGAUCUAAUGAUUUACUGGCUUUUAACGGCGUUUUUCCGCUCUCCUAAGGAUUUCUCCUCGGCAAACGGCUUCGUUCUUUGCAGCUCUUCUCUUUCACCUGCCUGUCUGCAGAGACACCAAAGGUUCUCCCUUCCUUUCCCUCACCACCCCCAUUUCUUUUAGUUUUCUUUUUCCCUCCCUUUUCCCGUUUGAUCUAUACAUGUAUAUAUAUAUAUAAGUGCGUAUGUAUAUAUAUAUGUAGAGGCGAGAGUGGAGGGGAGCGGAGGGAGAGCUGUGCCAUCCUUCUGGACUUCACGCGCUGCCCAAUGUUGGGCUGGUUACCCCUGGAUAUGUUGCUGGUUUCCAUUUGGAAUUUGACAAAGGGAAGAAGGAGGAUAUAAAACCUGGGGGAGCUCUGCAAGGUGUUGCUUAUGGCCACAGGAGGGAGCUCAAAUCCAGACAUGGGAGUAUUGGCUUGAUUUCAGAUCCAGAGCCUCUUAAACUCUCGCUUUUCCUCUAAGCUGGUCCCUGUUAUGUCCAGGAUCUGGCGCCUGCUUGACAUUUACUUUGAGUUCCAGAGGACCAGAGACCUAGGAUGAGGAGCAUUGGAUCUGCCCUGAACCUGCUUUUGGUAUCGCCACUCUACUUUGUGUGGACCGUGGUCGCUCUGGACCUGGCACAAACUCCCUGCACCACUUUGGUCCAAGGGAAAUUCUUUGGGUAUUUCUCCUCCUUUGCCGUCUUCCCAUUGAACUCCUCUCUCUGCUCUUGGAUUAUCCAGAACCCUGACCCUCGGAGGUACACUUUGUACAUGAAGAUCCUAAAACCCGCCGGCAUAUGUGACCACCAGCACAUCCGCACCUACCAGUUUGACUCCUUCCUGGAGUCCACCCGCACCUACCUGGGCAUGGAGAGCUUUGACGAUGUGUUGAAGCUCUGCGAUGGGUCCACCCGCUUUGCCUUCCUCCAGUCCAACAAGCAGUUCCUCCAGAUGAAGCAGACAGCACCACCGGGCGUGGAGACCUGGCCCAUGCGGUGGAAGCCCACAAAGGCUCAGGAGAGGGACUUCUCAGUGGAGUACCUCGUGGUGGGCAACAGGAACCCUAGCAAAGCCGCUUGCCAGAUGCUCUGCAAGUGGCUGGAUGCGUGCUUGGCCAUCAGCAGCAGCUCCCAUCCGUGCGGCAUUAUGCAGACCCCAUGCUCUUGCUCAGGAGGGGAGGUCCUGGAUCAGGCCAGCGAGAUCAUUGGCAUCACGAGGAAGAAGGAAGAUUGUUAUAAGGAUGGGAUUUACUUGGAGAACUGCAUGAGCAGCCCUAAAGACAGCAGCGGAGCGGAGUUUUUGGGUGGUUGGAACCCGUGGUCGGCUUGGGGCGACUGCACCAAGGACUGCGGCGGAGGCCUGCAGACCCGCAUGCGCACCUGCAAGCCCCUUCCCAACGAAGGUCUUGUCUGCGAGGGAGUCCUGGAGGAAGGACGGCUGUGCAAUAGGAAGGCAUGCAAUACCAAUGGACGCUAUAAUUCCAGAAGCCAAUCGCUGAGGUCCACAGAUAACAGAAAGCGAGAGGACACUGACGAACUGCAGCACUACGGGUACCCUGCACCUCAAAUAGGUGACCCUGCGGCUGAGGAGUGGUCCCCAUGGAGCGUGUGUUCGACUACCUGUGGGGAGGGCUGGCAGACCAGGACCAGAUUCUGCGUGUCGUCUUCCUACAGCACUCAGUGCAGCGGCCCUCUCCGGGAGCAGAGACAGUGCAACAACUCCGCCGUGUGUCCAGUGCACGGCACCUGGGAUGAGUGGUCUCCAUGGAGCUUGUGCUCUUCCACAUGUGGGAGAGGAUACAGGGACCGGACCCGCACAUGCAAACCCCCUCAGUUUGGUGGGAACCCCUGUGAGGGCCCGGAGAAGCAAACCAAGUUCUGCAACAUCGCGCUUUGCCCAGUGGACGGCAACUGGAAUGAAUGGUCGAGCUGGAGCUCCUGCUCGGCCUCCUGCUCCAACGGUACCCAGCAGCGGACGAGGGAGUGCAAUGGACCUUCCUAUGGGGGGGCCGAAUGCCAGGGACACUGGGUGGAAACCAGAGACUGCUUCCUACGCCAAUGCCCAGUGGACGGGAAGUGGCAGGCUUGGGGAGUGUGGGGCAGCUGCACUGCAACGUGUGGAGGUGGGACUCAGAGACGUGACCGUGUGUGCUAUGGACCUUUCUUCGGUGGACAGACUUGCCAGGGCCCCAAGGAGGAGUAUAAGCAGUGCAAUGACAGAAGGUGUCCUGAGCCCCAUGAAAUCUGUGAUGAAGAAAGCCUUGGCCCUGUGGUUUGGAAAGAGACGCCCGCUGGGGAUGCUGCUGCUGUCCGGUGUCCUCGCAAUGCCACCGGGCUGAUCCUUCGAAGAUGCAUUUUAGAUGAAGAAGGGAUAGCUUAUUGGGACCCUCCAACAUACAUCAAGUGUGUUUCUAUUGAUUACAGGAACAUACAGAUGAUGACCAGGGAGCAUCUUUCCAAAGCUCAGCGUGGCUUUAUGGGAGAUGGGCUGUCAGACGUGCUCCAAAACCUUGUGGAAAUCUCCCAGGAUGGGACCAGCUACAGCGGGGACCUAUUGUCCACCAUUGACGUACUCAGGAAUGUGACAGAGAUCUUCCGCAGGGCUUAUUAUAGCCCAACUUCUGGGGAUGUGCAGAACUUUGUCCAGAUCAUCAGCAAUCUUUUAAUGGAGGAAAACCGGGAAAAAUGGGAGGAAGCUCAGCUGAUAGGACCAAAUGCCAAGGAGCUGUUCAGGCUCAUGGAGGAUUUCAUUGAUGUCAUUGGUUUUCGCAUGAAGGAUUUCCGGGAUUCCUACCAAGUGACGGACAACCUCGUCCUCGGCAUUCACAAAAUGCCUGCUAAUGCAGCAACUGACAUCACCUUCCCCAUGAAAGGCUGGAGGGGCAUGGUGGACUGGGCCAAGAACUCGGAGGACAAGGUCACUGUCUCCAAGAGCAUCCUGUCUUCAGGGCUGACAGCAUCGGAUGAUUCCUCCGUCUUCGUGGUGGGGACCGUGCUGUACCGCAACGUGGGCAACAUCCUCUCCCUCCAGAGAAACGGCACUGUUCUGAACUCCAAAGUCAUCUCCGUGACUGUGAAACCAUUUCCCCGGUCUCUCCUCACCCCCUUGGAGAUUGAAUUCUCCCACCUCUACAACGGAACCACCAACCAGACCUGCAUCCUGUGGGAUGAAAAUGAUGGCAGAGCCUCCGCCUCUCCACCCGGCGCAUGGUCCUGGCGCGGCUGCCGAACGGUCCCGCUCGACGCUUCCCGGACCAAGUGCCUGUGUGACCGGCUCUCCGCCUUCGCCAUCUUAGCCCAGCUCAGCCCCGACAUGAACAUGGAAAAGGUGCUGGUCCCUUCUGUCACAUUAAUUGUAGGCUGUGGAGUAUCUUCGCUGACACUUUUGCUGUUGAUUAUCAUUUAUGUCUCUGUUUGGAGAACUCAGGUUUUUCCGUGCCUGGGGUAUCAUUGGAUGUGCUCAAGUCCUUGUCCUCUCCUGCUUUUCCUAAGGCUGGGCAACACUGGGCAGCGCUGGUAUAUUCGCUCAGAGCGCUCUGUCAUUCUUAUCAACUUCUGCCUAUCCAUCAUCUCCUCCAACGCCCUCAUCCUGAUCGGACAGACCCAGACCCGGAACAAGGUGAUAUGCACGCUGGUGGCGGCUUUCUUGCACUUCUUCUUCCUCUCCUCUUUCUGCUGGGUGCUGACCGAGGCUUGGCAGUCCUACAUGGCCGUGACAGGCCGGUUACGGAACCGCAUCAUCCGCAAGCGCUUCUUGUGUCUUGGAUGGGGGCUCCCUGCCUUGGUUGUUGCCAUUUCUGUGGGAUUUACUAAAGCCAAGGGGUACGGCACCGUGAACUACUGCUGGCUGUCGUUAGAGGGAGGUCUUCUCUAUGCCUUCGUGGGACCAGCGGCUGCUGUCGUUUUGGUGAACAUGGUUAUUGGCAUUCUGGUUUUUAACAAACUUGUAUCCAAAGAUGGAAUAACAGAUAAGAAACUGAAGGAACGGGCAGGUCAGAUGGCAGUGCCCCUUUACGGCAUGACGCUCAAAUGUUCCAAGUGUGGAGUAGUUUCUUCUGCUGAAGUUUCGGCCACAGCCACCAGUAACGCCAUGGCUUCCCUUUGGAGCUCCUGUGUGGUCCUACCACUCCUGGCUCUCACCUGGAUGUCUGCAGUUCUGGCAAUCACAGAUCGGAGGUCAGCACUCUUCCAGAUCCUUUUUGCUGUCUUUGACUCAUUGGAGGGCUUCGUCAUCGUUAUGGUCCAUUGUAUCCUAAGGCGGGAGGUCCAGGAUGCUGUGAAGUGCCGAGUAGUAGAUCGUCAGGAAGAGGGCAAUGGAGACUCAGGGGGGUCAUUUCAGAAUGGACACGCUCAGCUAAUGACCGAUUUUGAGAAGGAUGUGGAUAUGGCUUGUAGAUCAGGUGAGCACAUCACAGUGCUGAAUAAAGACAUCACUGCCUGCAGGACCUCAACCAUCACAGGAACACUGAAGCGUCCAUCACUGCCAGAUGAAGAGAAACUGAAACUCAAUCACCAGAAGGGGUCAUCAAACUUUAACAGUCUUCCAGCCAACGUCUCCAAGAUGCAUCUUCAAGGCUCCCCACACUACCUGGGGGCCAUCAACCUGAAUGAGUUCAGCAAUCACUCUCUCACUCUGAAGAAGGACAAGAACCAGCCACCUAAAUCCAUCUACAUCUGUGAUGGGGACAUCUUCAAGAAGUUGGACUCAGAACUCUCCCGGGCACAAGAGCAAACGCUGGACACCAGCUAUGUCAUUCUGCCUACCAACACGUCUACCUUACGGGCCAAACCACCCAAAGACGAGAGCAAAUACAGCAUCAAUAUUGACCAGAUGCCCCAGACACGGCUCAUUCACCUCAGCAUGGCUACUGAUCCAGGCUUUGUUGUCAAGAGUCCUCCACGGGAGCCUGUAACCAUGACAUGCAGUGAGGUUCAAGGUUCCUCCAUGGUACAACAACAGCAGCAGCAGCAGCUGGCGCCACAGAACAUCUCCAAUGAGUCACAGAUUCCCAACAGCCUGUGUGAUACAGGUGACUCAGGGAACUCAGGUGUGGUGUCCAAGAGUGAGACAGUCUCCACCCUCUCCAUGAGCUCCUUGGAGAGGCGGAAAUCCCGGUAUGCAGAGCUAGAUUUUGAGAAAAUCAUGCACACAAGGAAACGUCACCAAGACAUGUUCCAAGACCUGAACAGAAAACUCCAGCAUGCAGAGAAGGAGAAGGAGUCUCCAACAACGGACAGCAAGCAAGAAAAACAGCAGACACCAAACAAGAGACCCUGGGAAGGAAUCAGGAAAGUCCAGUCCCCACCAUCAUGGGUUAAAAAGGACAUCGAACCUGUGGCACAGUCUCCCCUAGAACUCAAAACUGUAGAGUGGGAGAAAACAGGGGCCACCAUUCCCCUGGUGGGACAAGACAUUAUUGACCUUCAGACAGAGGUCUGAGCGGAAAGGGAAGAAAGGGACUCUCUUAUUUUCUGGAAAACAAACGAAACAAACAAAACACAACCACGUUUUAAAGAAAUGAUUAAAUUAAAACGGAACCGAGCGAGAAAAAUGUUUGGUUUCUUUUGAAACCUUUGGUAAGGUUGGAGUAACUUUUGUAUUGUUCUCAGCAGAGAGGGGGAAUAUUACUUUAUAGAGUAUAGUAGCUGUAGGUUCAGGACAACACGAGCUUUCCCAGGUAGGACUGGAAAAGAAGUGAGCCUGGAAGAGAGCGAGGAGGAAGCAGAGGGUGGGAAGGGGCUGCAGGGGAUGAGCCCUCAUCAGAGAUGCUUUCGGGCUGCUGCUGCACGCCGAGAGCCUUCCUGCUCUGCCACAGGGAGGUGUGGAAAGAUGCCCAGCAAAGGGCCAAGAAGAUUGGGGUUGUUUGGAGACCGUAAAGAGGGGACACCUGCGGGAGCCUCGCUGCGCUGUAGAUCCCUUGGGGAGACCCAGCCUUGAGGGUCUGUGGCAUCCCUCGAUGAUCCUCGCCCCCCACCUCUCCCUCACCAGCUCACUCGAGAAGGAAGGAGACGGGAUGCGCCAAACGGUGGCCAAGAAGACAUUCCCACUCCGAUGAGCCGCACCGUGACCUGGCAUAGUGGCGCUCCCACAGCGGGUCCUGGACGGGGAAGUGGUUGCAUCAUCCAUGGCUUAAGUGGAGAGAUAAGGUGGAGUUUCCUCCUCUCAUCCCUCCACAGCAGAGCUUCCAUGUGCCCCAAGGAGUGGGAUAGGCACAGGAGGAAAGGACCACCUCCCAAACCUGCUCGCCCCGUCUCGAACGAGAGGGUGGAAGGUGUUAGAAAACCAGACCAACAUGAAGAAUGUAGGUCGUUUCAUUGACUGUUAAAUAGAUAAAUUCAGCACGGGCCUUGCAAAGGUCCUCUUGGCCUCAUCCUUUUUAUUUUGUUUUUUUUUUUUCUGUUAUUUUUCCUUGCUUUCGGAUUCAGAUUGAUUCCAAGCUGCCCCUCCCUGGAAGGCAGAGAGAGAAAGAGGGAAAGACAGACCUGCCGAUGUACCUGGAGACAUUUGGUAUACAGAGAUGUUGCCUUAGGACAUUGAGACAAACUGACAACACGAAUAACGUCCACUUGGAAACAAACGAACAGACAAACAAAAUAAUCUAUUUUUUUCCUUCUUCUUUUCUUUUCUUCAAUAAAAAGAGAACUUGAAACCCGAGACCUUUCUUUUCUUUGGCUCUUGUCAUUUCGAAUGCCUUUUAUGUGCCGUAGGACUGCGCAGGCAAGGGGUGAGCAUGCCACCUGCUGAAGGUGGAAGGCAGAGUUGCUCCAUGGAAAGCUUGGGAUGGUGGGAACACACAGCCUUUUUGCUGCUGGCUUUGUUUUAUUCAGUUCAGGCUUUGGUUAUUAUCCCCUGGCUGGCUCUUCUCCUCCCUCCCCACUGCCCAGAGCCAGCAAGCAGGUUUGUGGUCCUACAAGAAGGAAGAGGUGGAGCUGAUCAGGAAAGCAGGACAUUCCUCAUCAAAAAAUACUGUCUUUUUAUUUCACCAUGAAAAGAAAUAAUAACAAUUUUAAUUUCUUUUUGGUCAUUAAACAUUUCUCAAAGCUAUUUACAUAAAACAACGUAUCUAUAUUUCACACACCCCCCCCCCCCCCCAAUGUAGUGCAAUACUUCUAUCAUUUAAUAAAUAUACCAGUAACAUUACAAGCAGACUUCAUUUUUCUUACCAUUCCCAGCACUGUCUGUCUGAUGUUUGGAACAACUCUCCCAGCUUUGGAGAUGUGCAGUGGCAGAGCUCUGGUUGUAAGCGGCCAGACUGUGCCAGACAGCAAAGCUUGAUCAGGGUCUGGGUUCUUACUGUGUGUUUUGGUCUCUUUUUGAUAGAAAUUAAUACAAAACCAAAAUAUUUUUAGGGAAAAACUAGCAAUGGAUUCAAAAUGCAAAACAAUCACUGCCCCCAGUUGUGCUUCUGCCACUGAGGUGUUGCUUGGCUUGACAACAUCUCUGUUUAAACUCUCCUUUGGGCCACCUGGGUGAUCUUCAAUGGCAUUUACCUUGCCAUUACCUGUAGAAUAUAAAGGAUGGAAAGAAAAAAACAAUCCAAAUAGCUUAAAGAAUAGGGAAAGUGAUUACUUAUAAAAAACUGUGAUAUUAUUGUUCAAUUUUAGAUUACUCUAUGAAACAGGAAAGCACAAAGGCCUCCCUCAGAUGCCGGGUUGUAUGAUAUUGUAAUUAUUAUAAUUACACAUUAUGAAUUUUAGCAUACAGAUAUCUUUCUACUGUGUUUUAAUUCUUUUCUCUAUUUUUUCCCCCUCUCCUUUCCCCUUACCCAACCAAGCCUCUUCUCUUCCACCUUCCCCAUUCACCCAUUCACUCCAGCCGACUCGCAGGACAUUAACGGUGAUAUGUAAUUACAGAGAUCAAUGUUUGUUUAAUAACUGUUGCUCUUCGACUUUCUCUGCUCAGCUCCUCCGGUUAAUUCUGUUCUCCCAUGCCCUGCCCCAUGCCAUGCCUUCCCCUUCCUCCUCUCCGUGUUCGUCAGUUAUUUUUUCUGUACAGUUUUCAGAGCACAAAAUGAAUGUGUCUUAUUUCUAAUAAAAGAGGUGCAAACUCC